CAGUUAUUCUUAUUCUUAUAUUUGUCAGGUGAUUCCUCUGUACCCAGCACUGCCCUAAUUGCCCAGGUAGCUCUAGGGUAAUCAGGGCAGACAAGGUCCCUGCCCCACAGGAGCCCCAAGGUCUGAAGGGGAGGGAGGACAGGUGUCGAAUCCCCAUUUUACAGAGGCGGAAGCUGAGGCCCAGAGAGGUCCAGCGAGUCGCCCGCAGCGGGUGGAUGACCUAGGGGGAUUCGAAACCAGGUCUCCUGAACCCCAGGCCCCACCGCCGGAAGCCCGGUCCUCGGGCCGCGGGAAUCGGGAGCCACGCCGGGGCCGGUGACCCUCCGUCCGUCUUUGCCUUGCAGCGCGCCGGCCCGUACGGCCAAGGGAUCACCGCCGCUCCGACCAUGCUGGCCUGCCUGCAGCGGACCCAGAACCCUCCCGCCCAGCGCCUCGCCUGCCCCAGCAAGGCCCUGGAGCCCUGCAAGGGCGAGCCGGCGGUGUCGGCGGCGUCCAUGCCGUCCCCACGCUACCCGAGCCCGGCGGAGCUGGACGCCUACGCGCAGCGAGUGGCCCGCAGCCCGCUCAGCGUCAAGAUCUUCCCCAGCCACAUCCGCGUGCCGCAGCACAAGCACCUGAGCCGCACCGUCAACGGCUACGACACCGCCGGCCCCCGCUACAGCCCCUACCCGCCGCCCGCCGGGGCCUACCAGGGCCUGCUGGCCGUCGUGCAGGCCGCCACCGCCGCCUCCUCCUCCGCCGCCCCCGUGGGCAGCAAGGGCGCGGGCCCCAAGGGCCUGGUGAAGAGCGUGGAGGGCAGACGGACUAAGCUGUCGCCCGGCAGCCUGGCGGCGGGCACGGCCCCCUAUCCCGCGGCCAGCACUUUAGGGCCGGCGCCCGGCCCGGCCGGCCCGGCGGCCGCCCGCGGGCUGGCCCUGCCCCCGGCGGGCCUGCCCUCCGUCCACAGCAUCAUCUACCAGCUGAACCGGCAGUUCCAGCCGCCCGCCGGCCCCCACCCCAGCCCGGCCCCGCGGGGCUCCGGGGCCUUCCCCGGGGCGGGGGGCUACGCCGGGGCGGCGGCCGUGCUGCCCGACUGCCGCCGGGGAGCCGAGCUGGGCGCGGGGGCCGGCCCGGUCCUGACGCUGGCGCCCAAGCCCGCCGCGGGCUACCCGGACGGCGGUGCCCCCGGGACCGGCCUGGACUAUCUGCUCUGGCAGCAGCAGCAGCAGCUGCGGUUGUUCAGCGGGGGCAGCAGCGGGGGCGGGGCGGCCGGGAGCCGGUCGCCCGAGGCCUGCGCCGGGGGCGGCGGGCCCGGGGCGGCCCUGGGGCGGCCAGGGGCCCCCGGCGGGGCCGGCGAGCAGGUCAGCUGCUCGCCGCUGGACUGCGCGGGCGGGCCGGGCCCCUUCCCCGGGGCCCAGUUCUUCGGCCCGGCCUGGAACAGCAUCUUGGUGACCCCCGACAGCGACUGCUACCCGCCGGGGCCGGAGCCGGGGCCCCCCGGCCCCCCGGCCCCCGGCCUGCCCAGCCUGCCCAGCCGGACGGGCUGCAACGCGUCGGCGUUGAGCAGCAGCCUGCAGUCCUUGGAGUACCUCAUCAACGACAUCCACCCGCCCUGCAUCAAGGAGCAGAUGCUGGGCAAGGGCUACGAGACCGUGGCCGUGCCCCGCCUCCUGGACCACCAGCACGCCCACAUCCGCCUGCCCGUCUACAGAUAGGGCCCCGCCGGGAACCCCCGCCCAGGGCGCCGAAGAGGCCGGGGGUGCCGGCUCCGGUCGCCGCCGCCCCCCCCACCCGUCCUUCUCCCGCCCGGCCCCUCCAGCUGGGGUCCGGGCACGGCGGCGGAGGGCACCCGGCGGGGUCGGACCGGAUGCCCGAAAUCCCCGUGGGGGGCCCGGGGCGGCGACGGGAGUGAGGGCGUGGGGAGGGCGGGGGGGUGUUUCCCCCAAGCUUGGAAACCCGUGUGUGUUGCUGAGAACCUCAGCAGGGAAUUGUGACCAGUUGCUGCUAUCUUGCAGGGGGGAGCGUGAUCACGUGUGUGUGUGUGCGGGCGUGCCUGUGUGCGUGCGUGUGUAUGUGUACGUAGGGGUGCUCAGGGGCCCAACGGAGCCGGGCGCGCGAACCCCUCCCCAAACCAGGGCCCCAUCCCCGGCCCGUCGGAUGCCAGAGGAAGAGCGAUCCCUAGCCGCGGCCCAAAAUCGCCCCCCGAAACAAGAGCCCACCUACUCCCCACGCAUCUCCACCCCUCCCCGGGCCGACAGGCGGAUGGACGGACGGACAGACGGACGGCGGCCCCGUCCUUAAGAGAACUGGUCCCCGGGAAAGAAGAGUGAGAGAGAGCGAGAGAGAGAAUAAGUGAGAGAGUGGAGGAGAAAGAGGGAGAAAUAGAAACCACUUGAAAACUUGAACAGAAUUUUGGGGUUUUGUUUUUUUUGUUGUCGUUGUCGUUGUUGUUAUUUCUUAGUUUUCUCUCCCAUCUGUCUUUGUUUUGGCUGCUACAACAACCUUCUCAGCUCCCACAACCUGCCCAGGCUAGGAUUUCUCUUCAGAGGAGAGUCCCAGAUUGGAUUGGUUGGAAGAUUUUGGGAGGUUGGGCCGGGGAGGGGGCAUUUACCCUUGCUGUAAACGGGGGCCGGGGUCCCCCUCCCCCCGGCCCCUUCGUCGUCGGCUUGCUCUCCGACCCCCGGCCCCCUCGGGGCAGAGAAGGCCGGAGGGACCCCGCGCCCCUCGCCCACCCAGCCUCCAAUGUGGUGGCCUCCACGCCCACCCCCUCCUAGCCGCUCUGUCUAUCCAGCGCCCCCUCCCCGAGUGAACCAACCCCGGGCCUCUCCACUGGACCACCCGCCCCUACCCGCCCCUACCCCCCAGCCAGCUCCAUCCAUCCCUCCCCCAGGCUGGGCGGAGCGUGUGACCAGCGUGAUCUUUGUUCCGGCCCAGAAGCUGCCAGCUGGGCCUGGGGACACGGUGGCUCUUCUUCAGGUGAGGGUCCGUUGGGAUUUUCGGGGUGGGGAGCCCUGCACCCCAGAGUUUGGUAUUUAUUUUGCAGUGGGGGGAAGCUCUUACUGGUUGUGUCCAGGAGACCCUCGCCCUUCCCUGAUUUUGCAUCAACACCCUAAACUCUCUCCCUCCACACACACACACAAACACACAGACGUGCGCGCACACACACACACACCCCGCCUCCCUCCCCCAAUGAGCUCGGAAAGUGGUACUCUUAUCUCCAAGGCCUGUCGAAGCACUAAGUGCAUUUACAAAUCUCUGAGAAUGUUUUUUUUUAUACUAAAAUUGACCAUUAUAUUCUACUGUGAGAAGUGCUGUCUGCACUAUAUUGUUUUAAAAACGAAGAGAAAAAGAAACGAAAAUGCAGAUGUGUCUUCUGAUGUUUUCUUCCCCCACCCCCCCAAGUAAAACCAGGCUAUCGUGCA